CUCUGUGCAGUCCUUAUUAUUCUGUGCACAUUUUAACACCACAUUGUGUAGUUGUUUGUUCUUCCUUCCAAUUAUUAGCAACAAUGGCCUCUGUUCAACACUUACCUUCAAUUCAUCAGACUUGUUUUCUUAACAAGGUUGGGUUGCAGAAACCAGUUGUUGCAGCUACAUUCUCCUCUUCGAAAAGAAGAGGGGCUUCUUUUCUCAUUAGGGCAGAACAAACUGAGUCACCUAGAGCAGAUGUAACAGGGAGACGUGAAACACUCGUUCUAGGCACAAUUGGAACUUGUGUUUCUUUAUUUAAUCCGACUUCUGCAGCAUUUGCUGCAGAAUCUAAGAAAGCAGGAUACAUGGGCGUCACAGACAAGAAGGAUGGAUACGAAUUUCUCUACCCUUUCGGGUGGCAGGAAGUGAGCGUCGAAGGACUAGAUAAAGUAGUCAAAGAUGUGAUAGAACCGUUGGAAAGUGCAAGUGUGACUUUGAUUGCAACCACCAAACAAGAUAUACGAGACCUUGGUCCCCCUAAAGAGAUUGCUGAAGCGUUGAUCAAUAAGGUUUUGUCUCCUCCUUCAGAGAAAACAAAAUUAAUCGACGCAACUGAGCGCGAAGUUGAUGGUAAAGCCUACUAUACUUUGGAGUUCGUUGCUCAGGCUCCAAACUAUACCCGCCAUGCCCUUGCUGCAAUCUGCAUCGGGAAUGGGAAAUUUUACACUUUCACCACAGGAGCUAACCAGAGGAGAUGGGAGAAAAUGAAAGAUAAGUUGCACACAGUUGUUGAUUCCUUCAAAAUCUUUGAAAUUCAAGAGGGUGCCAUACUUCCUCCUUCAAUGAACUAAAAAAAAUAACACACCGUGGAAGGCACCAUUUUGCUUCUUGAAAUUUUAAUUCUUUCGAUGUUGUAUGUAACCAAAUCUUCGUCAAGUCUCUACUAUUCUUUGAGGUCUGAAACAUUCAGUAUGAGUUAUCUCUACUCUGCAACUCUCACGAUUAAAAUGGGUAUUUGUGCAUUUGAUGAUUAUCUGUCUGUCAUAUGGCACUCUAUUCUGCUGGUGAAGCUAUUG